AUGACUGCCGGGCUCCCCUCCACCAUGCGGGCCCUCCAGUACUCGGAGCCCAAGAAGCACAGCCUGGUCGAGGUCCCUCUGCCUAAGAUACGUGAGAACGAUGUUCUGAUCAAGGUCAAGGCAUGCGGUGUUUGCGGUACCGACCUUCACAUUCACGGCGGCGAGUUCAUUGCCAAGUUCCCUCUCAUCCCCGGCCACGAGGUUGUCGGUGUUGUGGCUGCCCUCGGCCCUAAGGUCCAGGGCUUCGAGCUUGGAGAUCGUGUCGUUGCCGAUAACUCGGAGCUCUGCGGCACUUGCUUCUACUGCCGCCGUGGCGAUGAGCUGUUCUGCGAGGACUUCCAGGCCCGGGGUGUGACCAUGGCCGGAGGAUUUGGCGAAUACGUGAAUGCCCCCGCUGGCCGUGUCUUCAAGAUCAAGAACCUGUCCGAUGUUGAUGCCACCCUCCUCGAGCCCGCCUCCUGCGCCGCCCACGGCCUGGAUAAGAUUGCUCCCAAGAUGGGUUCCUCGGCUCUGAUCUUCGGUGCCGGUCCCACCGGUCUGGUGCUGGCCCAGCUGUUGCGCCAGAACGGUUGCUGCCGUGUCGUUGUUGCUGCCCCCGUUGGUCUGAAGAUGGAGCUUGCCAAGAAGUUGGGUGCCGGUGAUGAGUACAUCGAGCUGUCGCGCCAGGAUGCUUCCGCUCAGUAUGCCAAGCUGAAGGCCGAUAACCCCUACGGCUUCGACAUUGUCGUCGAGGCUACCGGCAGCGUUAGCAUCCUCGAGGACUCCAUCAACUACUGCCGUCGUGGUGGUAAGCUUGUUGUCUAUGGUGUGUACUCGGACGCAGCUCGCGUCUCGUGGCCUCCUUCUAAGAUCUUUGGUGACGAGAUUACCAUCAUUGGUUCAUUCUCGGAGACUUACAAGUUCCCCGCCGCCGUCGACUACCUCGACUCCGGAAAGGUCAAGGUCGAGGGCAUCGUCAACAAGGUGUACAAGAUUGACCAGUGGGAAGAGUGCCUGGAGGCCAUGCGCAACAAGAGUGCCAUCAAGGCGGCCAUUGUCUUCGACUAG